AAAAAUGAAUAAAGAUAAAUUGCCAUUUUCAUUUCGGACAAAGGAAAAGAGCGCAGAAGAAUUUCUUGCAAGAUUUAUGUUCUUUUUCUCUCAAAUUGCUCGUGUUUUGCAAUUAUUAGGACGGCCUUUUGUCUUUUUAGCGACUGAUCUUCAAUUUUCUUGAGAUUUGAAAUUUUUCAAGAGGAGAAGUUGUUCGCAUCUGCCUCCUUCUAGACAAGUGGAAAUUCUGGUUUUUUGCAACAAUGAGUUUUGUUUUCCGAGGGACUAGAGGGGAUAUUGAAAGUGGGUUUUCAGGAUUUAUUCCUGAACGUCCAGCUGUGCGGAUACAUGCAGCCCGACCAGUUAAUUCUAAUUCGCUGGCCUUUCUUGUUACAGUUCUUUUGCUGUUCAUGAUUUUAAACUCUCAUCAAAUGUCACCAAACUUUCUGCUUUGGCUAGUAGUGGGUGUCUUUCUAAUGGCUACGAGUCUAAGGAUGUAUGCAACUUGUCAACAACUUCAAGCUCAGGCCCGAGCUCAUGCUGCUGCAGCUAGUGGUUUGCUUGGUCAUACUGAGCUGCGUUUACACAUGCCACCAUCAAUUGCUUUUGCUACUAGAGGACGCUUACAAGGACUAAGACUCCAACUUGCACUUCUUGACCGUGAAUUUGACGAUCUAGAUUAUGAAACCCUCAGAGCAUUGGAUUCUGAUAAUAUUUCCACAACUCCUUCAAUGAGUGAGGAAGAGAUAAAUGCUUUACCCGUUCACAAGUACAAGAUUCCUGGAACAGAGAGUGCUGGAUCAUUACCAAAGCAGGCAUCAUCUUCGUCUGCUCCAGUUGAGCCGAAGCAAGAUUCUAGGACCGGUGAUGGGGGUAUGAAGGCUUCAGAAGAUGAAUUAACUUGUACUAUUUGCUUGGAUCAAGUUAACAGGGGGGAGCUUGUUCGGAGCUUGCCAUGUUUGCAUCAGUUUCAUGCCAGUUGUAUCGAUCCGUGGCUGCGGCAACAAGGCACAUGCCCUGUAUGUAAGUUCAAAAUGGGGUCAAGAAGGCAGGAAAACAGGGGGAGUGAGUCUGAUGAUUCAGACACGGUUUAACUUGAACCCUCCAAGUAAUAUAAUCUGUAUAUCCAGUGAAGCAUAUCAAUCAUGUUUGCAGUUACAUACAAAUAGUUAAUGUUUUGGUGGUGUGUAAAUAUCCUCCAGGGUUGGUCUGUUAUCUAUCUUGGGCAUUCAUUUGAAGAAAAAUAAGGGUAUAUGUUCAUCAUUCUCAGCCUUGUACCUUUGAACUGGAGAAAUCCCAUAUGAUCUCAUCUAAUACACUUUGUGCGAGGUCAUCAGUUCCUUUUGGAUAGAUUUGUACCUUUCUUUUCCACUUCGAUUUCCUCUUUAAUCUACUUUAUUUUUUUUUA